AUGAAGGAAUCCUUUGAUAUUCCAUUUUAUGCAACUGACUUGCCCUGCCCUCUACCCACAAAUGCCGAAAUCGAGAAUGCUCCAGACAUAUCCUUGGAAUACGGAGGGCGAAGAAUCGUCGGAGUAGGCCAGCAUUUUGUUGUGAAGUUUGGGCAAGGAGUCGACCUCACCGAAGGAGAAAACAUGUUGUUUGUGCGGGAAAACACAAAUAUUUGUGUUCCACGGGUCUUCGCUCUUUAUUCGGACACCAAGACUGGCAAAAGCUUUAUCGUUAUGGAGCGCAUCAUCGGUCAAACACUUCUCGCGACCUGGCCACAACUUACAGAAUCGGAGAAACAAGAUAUACUGAGCGACCUGCGCAUACACUUUGAUGAACUGCGUCAGCUACCAUCUCCAAACUACUUUGGCAGUUUCGGCAAAAGAAAACUUCUGGAUGGCAUAUUUUGGACAGAAGAACCAGACCCAUUAGUAAAUGGGCCGUUCGAUUCUGAAGAAACCCUAAACGAAGCGAUGAUGCGAAAGUAUUGCUAUAAUGGAGGUCCACCCUACAGAAUGGAAUAUCUUCGAAAAUGCCUUCCUCUCAUUUUCCAAGGCCACAAAGCGACUUUCACCCACGGCGAUUUACAAAGAAAGAAUAUUAUCAUUCGCGAGAAAAUCCAGCAAGAUGAGGACAGAACGCGAGUCGUGUUAAUAGAUUGGGAGAAAUCUGGAUGGUAUCCGGUGUAUUGGGAAUAUUGCUUGGCUGUUUGUGCUCUACGAUGGGAUGAUGACUGGCCCCUUUGGAUUGACGCCAUUUUGACGCCAUUUGUCUCGGAAGCUGCAUGGCUGCAAUCACUGCGACUUGAAUUAUGGUCAUAG